UCGCUGCUGGGGCUGGUUGAGUUUGCUGUGGUGUGUCGACCCCCUCCACUCCUUUUUCAACAUGGCUGCUGUGUCUGCUCAGAAGUAACGUCCAGAUUGGUGACAGACUUCUAGCCUUCAGUGCCUCUUUUCUGCUGGUGUCCAUCAUCUGCGCUUGGAUGCAAAUCACGUUCUCCACCGUUGCUGUUCCCCAAGGUUCCAUUUAGGGGGAAAACUUCUACGAAUCUCUCCCUUCACUGGGCCUUUCUACAUCUCCCUACAUCAGCCAGCCAACUGUUUCAAGUGCAAUGGUUUGAGUAGGCGCUCUCAGGUUUCCUCUCCAUGAACAAUGUGUGAAAAUUGUGCCGAACUGGUGGAGGUUUUAAAUGAAAUAUCUGAUGCAGAAGGCAGUGAGGGGGGCUUUCAGCUGAAGAAGGAACAUGCUCUACGUGUCCUGGGCUACAUCAGCUCCUGGACUCAGAGGCAAUGUCUAUGCUGCUUCAAGGAGUACAAACAUCUGGAGGUCUUUAAUCAGCUGAUCUAUGCCCUCAUCAACCUAGUUAUUGCUCAGAUCAGCAGCCUGAGGAACCAGCUCUGCAGUGGCCAGAACUGCGCACACAAAGGGACUGUGUCCGAGACUGAGGGAGCCGGGCCUGAAUGGACCAGAGAGGAGUCUGCUCCUGGCACCACCCCCCAACCGACCUCACCAGGAGAAGACGAACCCGUGAACGUGGAAAGAGACUCUGCUGAAGAGGACACGGAUACGCCUGACGUAAACCAGAACAAGAGUCAGAGUCUAGAUCAGGGGCUGACCCGCUCAGGGGAGGUCCAGGCGGAAGCAGCGAGACCUGCGAGUGGAAGCGAUGAGUUUGGGGAGGAUUGUGCUGGAGCUGCCAGCGACAGCCAGGAUCUCUUCAGCUCCUGGACCAUGGAGGAGAGAGAAAAACUGCUUCUGUGUGCGGCCAAGAUUUUUCAGAUCCAGUUCCCUCUCUACACGGCCUACAAACACAACACACACCCCACCCUGGAGGACAUAUCUGCACAUGAAAGCAACAUCCUUGGAUCCUUCUGUGACAUGAACGAUGUGGAGGUGCCGCUUCACCUGCUGCGUUACGUCUGUCUGUUCUGUGGAAAACAUGGCCUCUCCCUGAUGAAGGAGUGCUUCGAGCGGGGCACUCCGGAGAGCCUCCCCUUUCCCAUCGCCCACGCCUUCAUCACCAUCGUCUCUAACAUACGAAUAUGGCUGCACAUCCCUGCGGUCAUGCAGCACAUCAUACCGUUUCGCACCUACGUAAUCAGGUAUCUCUGUAAGCUGUCCGACCAGGAGCUGCGCCAGAGUGCAGCACGCAACAUGGCCGACCUGAUGUGGAGCACGGUGAAGGAGCCGCUGGACAGCGCGCUGUGCUUCGACAAGGAGAGCCUGGACCUGGCCUUCAAGUACUUCAUGUCCCCCACCCUCACCAUGCGUCUGGCUGGACUCAGCCAGAUCACGAAUCAGCUCCACACGUUCAAUGAUGUAUGCAACAACGAGUCCCUGGUGUCGGAUACAGAAACGUCCAUAGCAAAGGAACUCGGGGACUGGCUAAUCCACAACAAUGUAGUCGAGCACAUAUUUGGACCAAAUUUGCACAUUGAGAUCAUUAAACAGUGCCAAGUGAUCCUGAACUUCUUGGCUGCAGAGGGCCGACUCAGCACGCCGCACAUCGACUGUAUCUGGGCUGCAGCUCAGUUGAAACACUGCAGCCGCUACAUCCACGACCUGUUCCCAUCCCUGAUUAAAAACCUGGACCCGGUGCCUCUCCGUCACGUCCUGAACCUGGUGUCCGGUCUGCAUCCAAGUGCACACACAGAGCAGACGUUAUACCUGGCCUCCAUGCUGAUCAAGGCGCUGUGGAACAACGCCCUGGCAGCUAAGGCCCAGCUCUCCAAACAGAGCUCGUUCGCUUCUCUGCUGAACACAAACGUCCCCAUGGGGAAUAAAAAAGGCUCACCAGCUGCCAGCCCAGACAGCAGCGACAACAGCGACACACAGCAGAGCGGCGGCAGCGACAUGGAGAUGGAGGACCAGAUGAUGGUCACCAGCAGCAAGAGGAGCCAGCAGAGGCUGUCAGACACAGAGGAGUCGCUGCAGGGCAGCUCCGAUGAGACGGCCAACAGCGUGGAGGAGGGCAGCAGCGGGCCGGGCAGCAGCAGCGGUCGCAGCGAGGCCUCCAGCAAUGAAGCCGCCUCCAGCAGAGCCAGCCAAUCAGCUGGCAGCCCAGCUAGCGAGAUACACUCUGAUGACAUGGCGGAUAGCGAAGCCCUAAAGGAGGAGGACGACGAAGAAGAGGAAGAAGAUGAGGAGGAUGAGGAUGACGAUGAGGAAGAGGAAGAAGGGAACGGGUCUGCUGUUGAAGAUGGGCAGCAGAAGGCGGCUCGAGAGCAGACCGAGUCGAGGAAGAGGAAGGCAGGGGAGGCUUUGGGGGAGGGGCCCAGUCACAGGGUGGGACCCAUUGGCUCAGGAGGAGGAACCAAACCCAAAGUUCUGUCCUUCAGCCCAGAGACUUCUGCUGUCAUGGCCACUGCAGCAUCUUCAUCUUUAGAGGGCCGCAUGAGGAUGCUGGACGCUUGCUCUUCGUCAUCUUCUGCUCGGCCAGAGCGGAUGGAGCCCCAGCAGCAAGCGGAGAACAUCAGCCCGUCUCAGAUGGUCCAAGGUCCCCAGGAACCUGCCAGUCUCCCCAGGCCUGGGGACUUCCUGGGUGAAGCCAUGAGCAGUGAGCUCUUUAACUGCCGCAGGUUUAUGGGGCCCCAGCACCACCAUCACCACCACCAUCACCACCACCAUCACCACCACCAUGAAGGUCCCAUGCUGGAGGACAUGCUGAGUGCCGAUGAUGUCAGCUGCAGCAGCUCCCAGGUCAGCGCCAAGUCAGAGAAGAAUAUGGCUGACUUUGAUGGAGAGGAGUCAGGCUGCGAGGAAGAGCUAGUCCAGAUCAACUCCCACGCUGAGCUUAGCUCCCACCUCCAGCAGCACCUGCCCAACUUGGCCUCCAUCUAUCAUGAGCACCUGGUGCAAGGUCCGGCUGCUCAUAAACAUCAGUACUCCAGCCACGCGGUGAUGGACAUCAACUUGGAUAACGUCUGUAAGAAAGGGAACACCCUUCUGUGGGACCUGGUGCAGGACGAAGACGCGAUUCAUCUCUCCGAGGGCUUGAUUAAUGAAGCAGAGAAGCUGCUGUGCUCUCUCGUCUGCUGGUUUACUGACCGGCAGAUCCGAAUGCGCUUCAUCGAGGGUUGCCUUGACAACUUGGCCCAUCAUCGGUCAGUUGUGGUUUCUUUGCGUCUUCUACCCAAACUUUUUGGCACUUUUCAGCAGUUUGGCUCCAGCUACGACACUCACUGGAUCACUAUGUGGGCUGAGAAGGAGCUGCACAUGAUGAAGCUGUUCUUUGACAACCUGCAACACUACAUCCAAGAAGUCAGAGAAAACCAGCACAAGUUUGCUCUAUACAGCCACAGUGCAGAGGUCCAGGUCCGUCUGCAGUUCCUCACCUGUGUCUUCUCAACGCUGGGAUCACCAGACCAUUUCAGACUGAGUCUGGAGCAGGUGGACAUCCUGUGGCACUGCCUGGUAGAGGACGCUGAAUGCUACGAUGACGCGCUGCACUGGUUCCUCAACCAGGUCCGCAGCAAGGACCAGCAUGCUAUGGGCAUGGAGACAUACAAGCACCUGUUCCUGGAGAAGAUGCCCCAGCUUAAACCAGAAACCAUCAGCAUGACGGGCCUCAAUCUCUUCCAGCACCUCUGCAACCUGGCCCGGCUCGCCACCAGCACCCUGGACACCACCUCCAGCUGCGAGCUGUGCGGGAUGGACCAGCUUUGGGGUAUCGCUCUGAGAGCUCAGUCUGCAGAUAUCAGCCGCGCUGCCAUUCAGUACAUCAACUCCUACUACAUCAACGCUGGUAAGACGGGCCUGGAGAAGGAGCAGGAGUUCAUCAGGAAGUGCAUAGAGAGUCUUCUGAUGGCCUCGGCCAACCUCGAGAAGGACUCUCACUCUAGCCUGACCAGCAUCGAGAGGGGACUGCUCAUGCUGAAAACUCACCUGGAGGCCUUUAGACGCAGGUUUGCGUACCACCUGCGGCAGUGGCAGAUCGAAGGGACGGGGAUCAGCAGCCACCUGAAGGCUCUGAGCGAUAAACAGUCUCUGCCUCUCAGAAUUGUCUGUCAGCCUGCCGGCCUGCCGGACAAGAUGACUAUUGAGAUGUAUCCUAGCGACCAGGUUGCUGACCUGCGGGCCGAGGUCACCCACUGGUACGAGAACCUGCAAAAAGAUCAGGUGAACCAGCAGGCUCAGCUGCAGGAGUUUGGUCAAAGCAGCCAGCAGCCUGGAGACUUCCCAGGUGGUCUGAUGGGACCGGUUAGGAUGAUCUCCUCGGGUCAUGAGCUGACUACAGACUACGAUGAAAAAACCCUGCAUGAGCUGGGCUUUAAAGAUAUGCAGAUGGUGUUUGUCUCUCUUGGAGCUCCACGGAGGGAGAGGAAGGGUGAGGGGGUCCAGCUGCCAGCCUCCUGUCUGCCUCCUCCUCAGAAGGAGCACAUUCCUAUGCUGUUGCUCCUCCAGGAGCCCCAUCUCACCACACUGUUUGACCUGCUGGAGACGCUGGCCUCUUUCAAACCACCAAGCCCCAACACAGAGAAGGCCCUGGAGAGUCCAGAGAGUGCACGCUGUGAGGAGCUUCAUCUCCACGCAGAGAAUCUGUCCCGUCGGGUUUGGGAGCUGUUGAUGCUUCUGCCCACAUGUCCCAAGAUGCUUCAGGCCUUCCAGAACAUCUCUGAUGAAACCAAUGAAGACGGUCUGUGUUGGAAGGAGUUACUGAGGAUCAAAAGUCCCCACAAGCUUCUCUACGCUCUGGAAAUCAUCGAAGCUCUGGGCAAACCCAACCGACGCAUCCAUAGAGAGUCAACCGGCAGCUAUAGUGAUCUUUACCCAGACUCUGAUGACUCCAGUGAGGACCUGAUAGAAAACAGCAAAAACACCUGGAGCUGCAAGUUUGUUUCAUCUGGAGGUCUGCAGCUGCUCCUGGAAAUCUUCAACUCGGGCAUCCUGGAACCCAAAGACCAGGAGUCUUGGACUGUGUGGCAGCUUGACUGCCUCGCUUGUCUGCUGAAGCUGAUCUCCCAGUUUGCUGUGGACCCUGCAGACCUGGACCUGGCCUACCAUGAUGUCUUCUCGUGGUCUGGCCUCGUCGAGAGUCAGCGCAAACGGGUGUGGCCGGGCAAAUCCCGGAAAUCCACCGUGGAUCACGGAAAAGGGCUGCACAUCCCUCGCCUGACUGAGGUGUUCCUCAGCCUCGUCCAGGGCACCAACCUGAUCCAGAGACUCAUCAAUGUGGCCUACACCUACGACAACCUCGCACACAGAGUUCUUAAAGCUCAGUCGGACCACAGGUCUCGACAUGAAGUGACGCACUACUCCAUGUGGCUGCUGGUGAGUUGGGCUCACUGCUCCUCCAUGGUGAAGUCCAGUCUAGCCGACAGCGAGCAUCUCCACAACUGGCUGAAGAAACUCACCCUGCUGGUUCCUGAGACGGCUGUGAGACACGAAGCGUGCAACGGCCUCUACAAGCUCUCGCUGUCGGGGCUGGAGGGUGGAGAGUCCAUCAACAGGUCUUUCCUUCUGCUCGCCGCCUCCACGCUGCUCAAGUUCCUGCCUGAUGCACAGGCCCUCAAGCCCCUGAGGGCGGAGGAGUUUGAGGAGGAGCCCCUGCUGCAGACCGGCUGUAAGGAGUACUUCUGGCUGCUCUGCAAACUCAUUGAUAACAUCCACGUGAAAGACGCCAGCCAGAAGGUCUCUCCCUCUAUGUCGCUGACCGGUCCCGUUCAGACCACCCUACUGGACCUUGAUGCUCUCGCCCGACACCUGGCCGACUGCAUACGAAGCCGAGAAAUCCUGGACCAGCAGGACGGGACCAUCGAGGACGAUGGGUUGACAGGACUCCUGCGUCUCGCCACCAGUGUUCUGAAACACAAACCUCCAUUUAAGUUCUCCCGCGAGGGGCAGGAGUUCCUGAGGGACGUCUACAACCUGCUCUUCCUCCUCCCGAGCCUAGCUGACCGUUCGCAACCCAAAUGCAAGUCCCACUCUGCCCGGGCGGCCUCCUAUGACCUGCUGGUGGAGAUGGUGAAGGGCUCGGUGGAGAACUACCGGCUGCUCCACAACUGGGUCAUGUCGCAGCACAUGCAGUCCUCUCACACGCCGUACAAGUGGGACUACUGGCCCCACGACGACGUCCGGGCUGAGUGUCGCUUCGUGGGCCUCACCAACCUGGGAGCAACCUGCUACCUGGCCUCCACCAUCCAGCAGCUCUACAUGAUCCCUGAGGCCCGGCAGGCUGUCUUCACGGCUAAGUAUUUGGAGGAGAUCAAACACAAAACCACACUGCUGGAACUGCAGAAGAUGUUCACGUACCUCAUGGAGAGUGAGAGGAAAGCGUACAACCCACGGCCAUUUUGUAAAACCUACACGAUGGACAAGCAGCCGCUCAACACGGGCGAGCAGAAAGACAUGACCGAGUUUUUCACCGACCUCAUCACUAAGAUAGAGGAGAUGUCCCUGGAGCUGAAAAACACAGUCAAGACUUUGUUUGGAGGUGUCAUCACCAACAACGUUGUCUCUCUGGAUUGUGACCACGUCAGCCAGACGGCUGAGGAGUUUUACACGGUCAGAUGUCAGGUGGCAGACAUGAAGAACAUCUAUGAGUCUCUGGAUGAAGUGACCAUCAAAGACACCCUGGAGGGGGACAACAUGUACACCUGCUCUCAGUGUGGUAAGAAAGUCCGAGCAGAGAAAAGAGCAUGUUUCAAGAAGCUGCCGCGCAUCCUGAGCUUCAACACCAUGAGGUACACCUUCAACAUGGUGACCAUGAUGAAGGAGAAGGUCAACACCCACUUCUCCUUCCCCCUGCGUCUGGAUAUGACGCCGUACACCGAGGACUUCCUCAUGGGCAAAGGAGAGCACAAAGAGGGCUUUCGGGAGGAAGGCGAUAGUAAAGGCCCCGGGAGCUACGAGUACGACCUCAUUGGCGUCACCGUCCACACGGGCACGGCUGACGGCGGCCAUUACUACAGCUUCAUCAGAGACAUCAUUAACCCCCACGCCUACAAGAAUAACAAGUGGUACCUGUUCAACGAUGCGGAGGUGAAGCCCUUCGACUCGGCUCAGCUGGCCUCUGAGUGCUUCGGUGGAGAGAUGACGACCAAAACCUACGACUCUGUUACUGACAAGUUCAUGGACUUCUCCUUUGAGAAGACACACAGCGCCUACAUGCUCUUCUACAAGAGGGUGGAGCUGGAGGAGGACAACGGGAAGGACUUCAGUUUCGAUGUGUCUCCUGAUCUCCUCGAGUGGAUUUGGCACGACAACAUGCAGUUCCUGCAGGAUAAGAACAUCUUCGAACACACGUACUUUGGGUUCAUGUGGCAGCUGUGCGGCAGCAUCCCCAGCACUCUGCCGGACCCUAAAGCCGUCUCGCUCAUGACUGCCAAGCUCAGCACAUCUUUUGUCCUGGAGACAUUCAUCCACUCUAAAGAGAAGCCCACCAUGCUGCAGUGGAUCGAACUUCUCACUAAGCAGUUCAACAACAGCCAGGCUGCCUGUGAGUGGUUUUUGGAUCGGAUGGCAGAUGAUAACUGGUGGCCCAUGCAGAUCCUCAUCAAGUGCCCUAACCAGAUUGUCAGACAGAUGUUCCAGAGGUUGUGUAUCCAUGUCAUCCAGAGGUUACGACCCGUUCACGCUCAUCUCUACCUGCAGCCCGGCAUGGAGGAUGGCUCGGACGACAUGGAUGGAACGGUGGAGGACAUUGGGAGCCGGUCCUGUGUCACCCGCUUUGUGAAGACCCUCCUGUCCAUCAUGGAGCACGGCGUGAAGCCACACAGCAAACACCUGACGGAGUACUUCGCUUUCCUCUAUGAGUUUGCCAAGAUGGGAGAGGAGGAGAGUCAGUUCCUGCUGUCCCUGCAAGCCAUCUCCAUCAUGGUGCAUUUCUACAUGGGAACCAAAGGUCCUGACAAUCCUCAGGCGGAGGUGCUGUCAGAGGAGGAGGCAGAGGAGGAGGACGAAGAGGAGGACAUCUUGUCUCUGGCGGAGGAGAAAUAUCGUCCUGCGGCUCUAGAGAAGAUGAUUGCACUCAUCGCUCUGCUGGUGGAGCAGUCUCGCUCUGAGAGACACCUGACCCUGUCCCAGAGCGACAUGGCAGCGCUGACCGGAGGGAAAGGCUUCCCCUUCCUCUUCCAGCACAUCAGAGAUGGAAUCAACAUCAGGCAAACGUGCAACCUCAUCUUCAGCCUCUGUCGCUAUAACAACCGUCUGGCCGAGCAUAUUGUGUCCAUGCUCUUCACCUCCAUUGCCAAGCUCACUCCUGAGGCUGCCAACCCUUUCUUCAAGCUGCUGACGAUGUUGAUGGAGUUUGCUGGCGGACCUCCUGGGAUGCCCUCCUUCGCCUCCUACAUCCUCCAAAGGAUCUGGGAGGUGAUAGAGUACAAUCCAUCCCAGUGUCUGGACUGGCUGGCAGUCCAGACUCCCAGGAACAAACUGGCUCACAGCUGGGUUCUACAGAACAUGGAGAACUGGGUGGAACGCUUCCUGCUGGCUCACAACUACCCCCGAGUUCGCACAUCUGCGGCGUACCUCCUGGUCUCCCUCAUCCCCAGCAACUCCUUCCGGCAGAUGUUUCGCUCCACGCGUUCUCUCCACCUGCCAACCCGCGAGCUGCCGUUGUCUCCCGACACCACCGUGGUCCUCCAUCAGGUCUACAACCUGCUGCUGGGGCUGCUGGGCCGUGCCAAGCUGUAUGUGGACGCCAGCGUUCAUGGUACCACCAAACUGGUGCAGUACUUCAGCUUCAUGACCUACUGCCUCAUCUCCAAGACGGAGAAGCUCAUGUUCUCUGGGUACUUCAUGGACCUCUGGAACCUCUUCCAGCCCAAACUGUCAGAACCGGCCAUCGCCACCAACCAUAACAAGCAGGCAUUGCUGUCCUUCUGGUACAACGUGUGCAUGGAUUGUCCCGAAAACGUCCGGCUGGUGGUGCAGAACCCUGUGGUGACCAAGAACAUCGCUUUUAACUACAUCCUGGCUGAUCACGAUGACCAGGAGGUGGUGCUGUUCAACCGCGGCAUGCUGCCAGCGUAUUACGGCAUUCUGCGAAUGUGCUGCGAGCAGUCGCCCGUCUUCACCCGCCAGCUGGCUUCGCACCAGAACAUCCAGUGGGCCUUCAAGAACCUGACACCACAUGCCAGCCAGUACCCAGGGGCGGUGGAGGAGCUCUUCAACCUGAUGCAGCUGUUUGUGGCGCGAGCCGACAUGAGAGAGGAGGAGCUGGAGGACAUCAAACAGUUCAAGAAGACCACCAUCAGCUGCUACCUUCGAUGCCUGGACGGACGCUCCUGCUGGACCACGCUCAUCAGUGCCUUCAGAAUUCUGCUGGAGAACGACGAGGACCGACUCCUGGUGGUGUUUAACCGAGGGCUCAUCCUCAUGACCGAGUCCUUCAACACUCUGCACAUGAUGUACCACGAGGCCACGGCGUGCCACGUCACCGGAGACUUGGUGGAGCUACUUUCCAUCUUCCUGUCAGUCCUCAAAGCCACGCGGCCCUACCUUCAGCGCAAAGAUGUGAAGCAGGCGCUGGUCCAGUGGCAGGAGAGGAUCGACUUUGCACACAAGCUGCUGACGCUCCUCAACUCCUACAGCCCGCCCGAGCUGCGGAGCGCCUGCCUGGAUGUGCUGAAGGAGCUGGUGCUACUGAGUCCACAUGACUUCCUGCACACCCUCGUACCGUUCCUGCAGCACAACCACUGCACUUACCACCACAGCAACAUCCCCAUGUCGUUUGGCCCCUACCUGCCGUGCAGAGAGAACAUCAAACUGAUGGGAGCAAAAAACAACAUCCGACCCCCGAGACCGGAGCUGAACAUGUGUCUGCUGCCCUCUCUGGUGGAGAGCAGUAAGGGAAAAGAUGACAUCUACGACCGCGUGCUGCUGGACUACUUCCUGCCCUACCAUCAGUUCAUUCACCUGCUGUGUCGCGUCGCCAUCAACUGCGAGAAGUUUACUGAUGCACUCAUUAAACUGAGUGUGCUGAUCGCUUAUGAAGGACUUCCUCUUCACCUGGCGCUUUUCCCUAAGCUGUGGACGGACCUCUGCCAGUCGCAGUCUGUUAUGGCCAAAACGUGUGUGAAGCUGCUGUGUGAGGAUCCUGCCUUCAGCGAGUACAUCAAAUGUAUCCUGAUGGAUGAGAGGACAUUCCUCAACAACAACGUGGCCUACUCUUUCCUCACCUGCUUCCUGCACAAGGUCCAGGUGCUGUCUGGUCCCAGCUGCUCCAGCUUGAUUGGUGUUCUGGUGACAAACCUUCUGAGUGAGCAGAACAACCUCCAGCCUGAGCCGGCGGUUCACCGUGUGGAGCUGAAUAAGACCAGCAGUCUGCUGAACGCUGACCUGAGAGCAUUAGUGUUGCUGCUGUCCAUCCAACCCCCUCAGACCGUUGACCCAGGCCUCUGCCCGGCCCUGCAGGAGCUGCUGGGGCGCUGUCGCCUUUGUCUCCAGCAGCGUAGCACAGUGGAGCUGGAGGCCAAAGACCACAAGUCCAAAGCUGAGGAUGAAGGAGCGACCCCCGUAAAGAGGCGGAGGGUGAGCGGUGAAGAGGACCGAGCUGGAGACUCUCCUCUUUGCGUGGCCUCCACCUCCUCCUCAGCUCUCCCAGGCUGCAGCGAUCUGAAGCCUGACCACCAGGAGGCGCUCACACCCACCAGCACCUCGGACACCGAGACGCGAGACUCCUCCUUGAUAGAUCCGGGCACUGAGCAGGACCCGCCCUCUCCUGACUCUGCACCUACCACCUCCAGAAACCUGGACUCCUCUCUGAAAGAGGACAAGAUGGAAGUCUCCUCCUCCUCAUCAUCAUCAUUUUCUUCCUCCUCCUCUUCCUCCUUGCUGCAGGAAGCAGGGGAGGGAGAAGGGACUGAGCCUCUGCAGCAGCACGUGGGGACUGCAGAAGAGCAAGAUGAGAAGCAGCAGCUAGAGGAACGAAGGGGUGAGGGAACAUCUACCUCCUCAGAGGAGGUGAAGGAGGAAAAGGCUGGAUGUAAGGCCAGCAGAGGCUCCACCCCUUCCCUCUCAGAGGAGGCUGCCUUCCCAUCUGCCCUUGGGUUGGUGGGGGAGGGACCAGACAGCGGUGGGGACCACGCCUCCUCCUCACAAGUGUCCCCACCUGACAUGCUGGACAUGCUGUACAGGACGGUGGAAGCCACCAUCGCCAUAGUAACCAAACUGUCUUCUAAUGGCUCGCCCGCUUCAUGAUAUCAUCAUCAUCAUCACCACAAAACCGCCAUGAGAUCUCCAACUUUCUCUUUUAAAUCUGACUUCUUCAGAGGAACCAGAGGUUCUGCAGGGUUUGGUUCUGCUGAGAGGAACCAGAGGUUCUGCAGGGCUUUUGGUUCUGCUCAGAACAACCAAAGGUCCUGCGGGUCUGGGUUCUAUGCUGCUGUCUGUUGCCUUCUGCUGAUGUUUUCCGGGUUGCUUCAGUGGUUCUCUCCAUGUCGUGUUGCUCUGAUCAAAUGAAGCCGACCCAAAACCAGAAACUUCUUCGAGCUGCAGCACAUUUCUUCAAAGGGCAGAAGUGUUUAUUGGUUGUUUUUGAGUGUAUUUUAUACUGAACUGAGUUGUUUUGGGAAGUGAUUUUAUUUGAGGUUAGCUGUAACGGGGAAAGGUUUACACGACUUGUGUCUCCUAUGUAAUUUAAUUUUAUUGCGUUUUUACUGUUUAUAAAAAUGGUCGUCCUCUGUGCCAGUUUUGUACCUUAUGAUGGAGGCAAAAAGGAAGUUGCCUUCACUUCUUCUGUGGUUUAAUUAUCCAGAAAGUAAGUUUACCUGUAAAUGAAGAGACCCACAAGAAACUUGAUUCUGUAAAGAAUCCUUUCUAGUUAUUGCCUGAAGGUGUAUAUGGAAAAAACUUUAAAAUAUCUAUAAAUAUCUUUAUAUAUAUAAAUAUAUAUAUAUAAAUAUGGAAUUACAGAUAUAUAAAGUGGUGCUUUAUUUGACUGUGGUUGAAAUAAAGCUGCCAUGUUGGACCAGC